AUGUUCUAAGGAGAAGAGAAACCAUUAUCUGAAUUUGUAUUAAAUUAUUAUUAAGUUAGUAAUUAAUCCUGCAUUUGAUACAUUAAAAUGAUUAUGAUACUUUGAAGGAAUUGGGAAUAAACAAAGGUAAAGUAAAAAAAUUUGAUAGCCAACAUUAAUUUUUUGGAACAAUUUAAUGAAAUUGAGCUAGAUUAAAAAAUAUCACCUCUAAUAUGUGCUUGCUUUCUUGGUAGAUUAGAAAUAGUUAAGCUUUUAUUAUCUAACUCUUAAAUUGAUGUUGAUUUAGCAAGUAUUGAUUCUGGAUAAACUCCACUUUCUGUAGCAGCAAUGACAGGAAAUUACGAAAUUUUGAAGAUAUUACUUGAUGCUGGAGCAGAAGUUAACAAGCCAAAUACUUUUAAUUAAACAGCUUUUGUUUCAUGUUUUGCUAGACUAGAAGAAGUAUUUUCUUCAUACUAUAAAUAUUUUUAAGGAAAAAAAUGUUUUUGAAAAUCGUAAAAUUUGUUUCAAAAUGGCUGAAUUAUUACUUCAUUAUGGAGCAGAUAUCAAUUGGAUAGUAGAUAAAACACAUGGUUUUAACUUAUUAAUGUAGUUGUGCUCAAUCAAAAUGGAGUUAAACCCAAAAGAAGCAGAAAUAAAUUAUUAGAUUAUUAAAUUUCUAAUUGAAAAUGGAGUAUAAAUUUUAAUUAAUUUAGGCUUAAAAAGAACUUCAAUCACUUAAAGGUAAAAAGGCUAUUGAUCUAUUAAACAAGCACUCCAAUAAAGAAUAAUUGAUUGACUUAUUAAAAAAUACAACAUAAAUUUAUUUUUAUGGAAGACAAAAGAAUAGCAGCAGAAAUUUAUAAUUAUAAUCGAAGCAUCUAAAAAAUGGAUCUUAGUAGUAAAAGGCAUCAAAUUUUAGUUGA